UGAAUCAUUAACUUCAUCUAGUCAAGAUUCAGAUGAUAUUAAAAAUGUCAAAGAUAUUUAUAUGAAUAAGCAAGUUAAAUCAUCUUUGAUUAAUAGAAAGGAAGUAAAUGAAAAGAAACAUCAUCAUCAGCAGCAGCAACAACAAAAUAUUAUACGAUCUAAUCGAGAAAAAGAAAAGAUACACUGUAAAAGGUAGGCAGAUACCUCUGAACGAGAAAAUAUGAUAUAGAAACACUAAUUCUAUCUAUUUAGAUUACCAAAAGAUGUAAUAAGUACGAAUUUACGUUCGGUACUGUUUCAUAUCAAUGAUGUUAUUUUACAUAAAGAUAUAUAUUCAUCAUUGACGGGUGGAAAUAUUAUUGAUCGCACAAGUUCGUUAAUAUUUGAGCAUCGAAUGGAAUCAUAUGUUUAUGAUGUUUCGUAUUUGGGAAAUUAUGAUAUUGUUCAUUCACAAUUUUCAUCAACAGAACAACAACAAAAAUUAGUUGUCAAAUUACAAACAUUUUUAAAACGUUUUAUUGAUGAUGAUACAUCUUCAUUAUCAUCCGUUACAGUACAAAUACAUAUUAAAUGUGGUCAGUUUGAAAUUUCAUGCAAAAAUGAUACAACAAAUGAUGUAAAAGUUCCUAAAUGUCAAAAAUUAGGCAAAUAUUUAGGUUAUUUGUGUUUGUUUCAUACACAACCAUUUAUAUUUGGUCUAUUAUUAUAUUGUUCGAUAUUUCAACAAGGUGAUAAACGAAAUUUAGCGAGUUCAUUUUUGAUAUUUCGUUCAAAUACAAUUCAAGAAAGAAAUACAUUAAUACAAUGUCUAUUUCAGUUAGGAAAAAAUUGUUGUUAUCAUAGAUGCAAACAACAACAGAAGAUAAAAUCA